AUGCCUACUACAUACACUCUCAAGCACGUCGUAACGUUACCCACAAAACAAGCCACCCGCUUUUAUGGUGUCUGUUUCAACAAUUAUGAUACGGUUAAUACAGCUUUUGCCGUUGUCGGAGGUCGUUAUAUUAUAGUUGCUCGCCUCGAGAGCGAAAAACCGGUAGCUUUAAAUAUUGCACAAAAAUACGUUGAUGAGAAUGAACAGGAAGAUUUUUAUUGCUGUACAUGGUCUAUCGACCCAAUAUCAGGUGCACCGCUUCUCGUCGUGGCAGGAUUCACUGCAGUUAUUAAAAUUAUAGAUACGUCGGCUGGGUCUUUCACAAAGACCCUUCAAGGGCAUGGAGGUGAGAUACAUGAGAUGAAGUCCCACCCUAGAGAUCCAUCCUUACUUUUUUCUGCAAGUAAGGAUCUCUCCAUACGUUUAUGGAGGAUCGAUACUAUGCAGACCGUCGCUAUUUUCGCCGGGGAGUGCGGCCAUCGUGAAGCGCCGUUAAGCAUUGAUGUGCAUCUAUCCGGAGACUUCUUUGCAUCUUCCGGAAUGGAUCGCACGGUAAAAAUCUGGUCGUUAUGUACGCCAGUAAUGAAGAACGCAAUAAAUUCUUCAAUUUCAAGACCUUCGUCGUCGUCUCGUGCCUCCUCAUGUUGUUCGUCGAACGAAACGCCAUUAAAGGUAGUGACUGUGCACUAUCCUAUAUUUUCGACAGCCGGAGUACACGACAACUUUGUGGAUUGUAUAAGAUGGUACGGCGAUCUCUUACUGACGAGAUGUGCUAAUGAUGCAAGGAUUCUGCUUUGGAAGCCUGAUGUAAAAUUAGAGGCUUUCGAUAAUUCUAACGUCACAACAGUAGUCGUGGGUGGACCAGCUGUCCUUAGUAAGCGACAAUCAAGCUUCGAAAUAAUUUGUGAAUUCGAAUUCAUGAAUUGUGAUCUUUGGUUCCUUCGCUUUGGAAUGUCGUAUGACUGUCGAAUGCUUGCAACGGGGAAUCAAGCAGGAAAAAUUUAUUUAUGGGAUGUUCAAGAAGAUUGUGUUGACUACUAUAUCGAAAAGAAAAGGUUAGAAUAUCAGGAGAUAAAAAAUGAUAAAACUUUUGAAAAAAAGAAAAAAAGUAAUAAAAAGACUAAUAAGAAGACGAAUAAAAAUAAUGAGACUAAUAUUAAUGAAAGUAAUGUUAGUUAUGAACCUAUUAUCCUUAGUUCAGCAUGUGACAGCACAAUUCGACAACCUAAUAAAAUUUCGCUUAAAUAUGUCAGGUCGUCGUUAUUGGAUGGAUGGGAAGGAGAGAAUGAAGAACGAACGUCAUAUUACAUCAUGGAAUCAGAACGUGGCUUUUAUCAGUCUUUUAUACACAAGGAACAGUGGCACGUUCCAGAACAAGAUAGGCAUAAACUUCUUGAGAUUCCUCAAUUUAUUAAAAAAUAUAGAUCUUGGAUAAAUCUUUGGUAA